CUGCGCCCUCAGUCGUGACUCGAUCGUCGCGGUGAGUCGACUGUAGUUAUUUAUAAACUAUCGUUAUUCCAAGAUUGAUUGAAUUUUUAUAUAUUAUCAUAAUUGUGCGCACAAUUUUCAUAUUUCUUUCGAUAAUCAACGCUAACUCUUUUGUCGAAAAAUGGCAAAUAUAAUUACAAGUGAGAAUAAUUGUUCAAGGAACAGAGAAACGGAGCGUAGCUUGACAGUCGGUCACGAAGCGAUCGAUUUUGAAAGGAACGCCGUUCUUCGAAAAUACGGAACCAAUCGAUCGUAUGCUAACCUUAGAGAGUAGAAGACCGAAUAAAUGGAUACCUAAUACGAAACGCAUCGAAUCAGUGAUUGUACGUUUAUAAGUGGCAAUGAGGACGCGCGGUUUGGAUCGAUCAAAGAAUUAGAAUAGUUCUUUCUCUCUCCCUCCUUCUCUCUCUCCCUCUUUCAUCUCUUUCCCCUUAUUUCCCAUCUCUCCCUCCCUCCCUUCCUUCGGAAGAGAAUGAAAGUGCGCUAGAAAAAACGUGACAUCGAGUGCAUUGGUCGUGAUUUCCUUUUCCUUUACGUAUUUCGUGUAUAACGUGUGUUACGAACACGUAUGUGCGUUAUUUCUAAUAUAUACGUGUAUGCGCCUGUGCGUGUGCAUGCGCGCGCGCGCGCGCGAGCUCCGGCGAUGUCAGAAGUUCAUCGCAUGAAAGCAAUUGUCGGUUUUGUUCGAUAAGAAUGGGGCUGCCGGUGAUCGACCGACGGUUAGUGGUUUAACGUAACAUAACAUUACUUGACGCUACUGCAAACAUAGUAUGCAUAUUGGUGAAUAUAGAUGAGUGACACAUGUAUACGUAGCUGGUAUACAAAUACAUGGGGAUAUAGUUAGUGCGUGUGCGUAGGUGGGUAUCGAAUAUAAUGUGGGUGUGGGUGUGCGUUGUUCGUACGUAUGGAUGUUCGUACGUACGCGUAUUUUGUGGUAACGUGUAAUGGCAUGGAAAUGAGGCGCGCGCGAGUGUCACGCCGAAAGAUACGCCUCUCGCCUGGAAAGCUACUUUGUGCUCUAAACUCGAAAGGAGAAUCCUCUCGCGAGUGGCCGCUCUUACCGGUUUAACCUCGUCGACAUCGUGCGUGUGUUCCUUCUGGCCUUUGAUUCUAUUUAUCCGACUUUCGGAUACAUCUGUAAUUUUCCAUUGAAUUUUCAUCAACAUGUAUUAACAUCAAGUUACAACGAUUGUAAAGGGUCUCGUUCGUCAUUCACGACCUUCUUCAGAAUCUUUGGAUAUCCGAAAGAAAAAUGCGCAACGAGUGGCUAAGAAACUUGUUCGCGACAGCAAUUUUCGCCCUUAUGGUACAUGGGCAAUUGAGAUCACCGCGUAUAACGGAACAUCCUUCGGAUAUAAUAGUGGCCAAGAAUGAACCGGUAACAUUGAAUUGCAAGGCGGAAGGUAAACCUCAGCCCGUGAUUGAGUGGUAUAAGGACGGUGAACUAGUUCAAACAUCACCCGGAGAUGCAAAAUCACAUCGUGUUCUUCUUCCUACGGGAUCUCUUUUCUUCUUGAGAGUAAUGCACGGGAAAAAAGAACAAGACGGAGGAGUGUACUGGUGCGUUGCAAGAAAUCAAGCGGGCUCUGUUCCAAGUCGAAACGCAACGCUAACUGUCGCAGUGUUGAGGGAUGAGUUUCGCGUCGAACCACAAAAUACAAGAGUCGCAGCUGGAGAGACUGCUCUGUUAGAGUGCGGACCACCCCGAGGUCAUCCAGAACCGACGCUGCAUUGGAAAAAGAAUGGUCACGAGAUAGAUUUGGAUGCUACUAAACGUAUCACUUUGGUAGACGGAGGGAAUUUGAUGAUUUCGGAUGUUAGGCAAACUGAUCAGGGAAAAUAUCAAUGCGUUGCCGAGAACAUGGUGGGCGUGAAAGAAUCUACAGUGGCAACUUUGACAGUUCACGUGAAGCCAUUCUUCUUGUCGACUCCUGCCAAUCAAACGAUCCUAGCUGACCAAACGGCUGAAUUCGCCUGCCGGGUAGGCGGCGAUCCUCCACCUGAGAUCCUUUGGCGACGAAAUGAUGGGAAAAUGCCAAUCGGGCGGGCGCAUAUUUUGGACGACAAAAGCUUGCGAAUCGAAAGAGUGACGUCGCAAGAUCAAGGGACGUACAUUUGCGAUGUUGAGAACGGUGUCGGUGCCAUAUCUGCGACUGCAACUUUGACAGUACAUUCGAGGCCAAUAUUCAGCAGUUUCCCAAAAGACGAGAUAAUCAGCGUCGGAUCGAACGUUUCGUUUUCCUGCGCGGCUCGUGGCGCACCGCAGCCUUCUAUCUUUUGGACACGUGAAGGUUCUCAAGAAUUAAUGUUCCCUGGAAACGAAUACCAAGGACGUUACAAAAUCACAGACGAUGGGAGUUUACGUAUCAAGAGCGUACUUGGAAAAGACGAAGGACACUACGUUUGCAGCGCGAUCAGUCAGGCUGGUGCGAGCACAGCUACAGUCUUUCUUCAGGUUACAUCGGUCGAGGAGGUUCCACCGCCUGUCAUCGAAAUUGGAGCAACGAAUCAAACGUUGCCACCGAAAAGUGAAAUUUCUUUGCCGUGCCGUGCAUUCGGAAGGCCUAGUCCAAAAAUCCGCUGGUACAAGAACGACCAACUUGUACGGAUCGAUGGCGAUGAUCGAUUUACGAUCGCUGGUAACGGCACUCUUUCUCUAAAAAGUCUUCAAUCGAGCGACACGGGAAUAUACAAGUGUGUUGCAUCCUCCGAGUCCGGGAAUACGUCAUGGUCGGCUAGUUUAACGAUUAGCCCAGCAGCGAGUUAUCACGGCGUCGUCAUGCCAGAUAUAUCGCUACUUCCCGAAAGUCCAAGCAAACCAAGAAUAGUGAAUACCACUAGCAACACGGUCACGCUCACCUGGAGCCCGGGACACGAAGGCGUUAACAAAAUAAUCGAUUACACGGUCGAGUAUUUUGCUACGAAUCCAAAGACUAGCUGGAUCGUUGCCGGAACGAGAAUAAUAGAUGACGUUUAUACCGUAACGAAUCUCAAGCCAGAUACCAGUUACGUGUUCCUUGUUCGUGCUCGAAACAGUCAGGGUCUUUCCGUUCCUGGACCGUUUUCCGAUGUGGCGCGCACGACUAAUAUCGAUCAACACGCGAUUCCUCAAACUGAACUAAUUCGAGCAAGAGAUCGUCUCAACAGUGAAAUUCUUUACUUGAAGGAUGUUCAGCCUUUGAGCAGUACCAGCGUAAAGAUCGUAUGGGACAUACUGGGAGCUGCCGAUUUGGUCGAAGGCUUAUAUAUAAGAUAUCGUCAAGUUUCCGAGAAGCCAGAAUAUCGAAUGGUCACGGUACUGAAUGCCGGAGCAACCAGCUACGUUUUGACCAAUUUAAACAAGUACACCCGUUACGAGUUCUUCCUAGUUCCUUUUUUCAAGACUAUCGAAGGGAGACCGAGCAACGUGAAAUUAGCGAUCACGCUGGAAGACGUACCUUCCGGGGCACCUGAAAAUGUUCAUGUCGGCAUGAUAAAUGUAACCUCGGCAUUCGUCCGUUGGUCUCCACCGCCGAAAACUACACAAAAUGGACAAUUAAUAGGAUAUAAGAUUCAAAUCAAAAGCAAUAGCAGCAACAAGAUUUUGGGCCAGAUGUCUUUAAAUGCGUCGACAACGUCGGUGGUUAUCAACAGCCUAACGACAGGUGGUCUUUACACGGCGCGCGUUGCCGGGUUAACUCGUGUAGGUCUUGGACCGUUUUCCAAUCCAACGGUUUUGAACAUGGAUCCAGGACAAUUGACGCAGUUGCCGCCACGAACAGAUCCGAGUCAAAGAAAUGCCUCUGUCGUGAGUGAAACUUGGUUUUUGAUUCUCGUGAUAACGGUCGUGUUGACCAUUAUCGCCGCGUUAUUGGGUGCUGUUUACGUUCGUCGAAGGCAAGCGAUGAGUAAACAACUCGGCCACUUGAAUGUUCCUGUCGGCACGGCUAACGACAUUUGUCAAUUAAACAAAGAUACUCUGUGGUUAGAGCGUGGUUGGAGGCCGAGUAACACGCUCCAGGCUUCCACCACCGAUAAGGACUGCGAAACGAAGCUAUUAAGCAAUCAGAAUCAAAUCGGCCUCCCACCCGGAAUCGUUGGAAUGGCUGGCUCGGAAUACGCUGAAGUUAAUCUAACGACAUUCUACAAUGCUCGAAAACAGUUGCAAGCUCCGCCAGAACCAUACGCUACAACGACACUCUGCAUGCCUGCUCGUAGCCCGGAUUCGAUAGAAACUGCCGGUCGAAAAUCGAAUUCCAGUGAUUCUUGUCUCAAGCCGGACUAUUCGAGUUUAGAUUCGAACUUGGAUCGAAACAAAUCAACCGUGUCUCCGAGUAGCGACAAUGCCAGUAGCGUUUAUAACGCAGAGGAUAAUACGGAAGCGCAAAGAAGAGCUCAUCAAUACAGAAUGCCGCUGCCAAAUGAAAAUCAACCACCGAAUUGGUGCGACAUGCUACCACCUCCGCCGGAACAUCCGCCCUCGUUCGAGGGAUCUCUCGGUUCUUCCAGAUCGCAUUCGCAUACGCAUCAACACCAACACCAACACCAACAUCAAUAUCAAUAUCAUCAUCAUCAUCAUCCGCAUCAAAUGCAGCAUCAGUAUCAGCAUCAACACCAUUAUCAACAGCAGCAGCAGCAGCAACAACAACAACAGCAACAACAGUACCAACAUCAAACCGCCUUUAGCCCCCACCUAGGCAAGAGAAGUAUCGAAAGGCAAAACGAUUUGGACUUGAUCACGAGUGCAGGACUAGCGUUGGGACUGGGUUUAAGCUCGAGUUCGAAUUCAGGUUCCGGUUCUGGUUCGGGUUCUGCAGGUGGAAGCGGCGGCGGCGGUGCAGGCACUGGUAGCGGUGGCGGUGGAGGAGGUGGCUCCGGUUCGGGCUCGGGAUCGAGAAAUUCGCAAAGUCCACCGAGUCCGCCGACCAGAAUAAUUAACAAUUUAGGAGGUUCGAAUACAAUUUGGAACGAUUCGGGUCAGCAGACUCAACCAUUCGACAAUUCUAUUCCGCAAAAUAACGUCCAUCAGCAAGGUAGAUACACGAGUUUGCCACCGCAAACGAAUCCACCGGCACUGCCCGUCUUUCCACAAUCGUUCGACUGUUACGAUUCGUACAAAGGUAAUCACGAAAACGAAUACGAGAGCGGCUCUCUUUUGUAUGGUAAACGAAAUGAUUCGCCAUCGGAAGACUACGAUUCUGCGUACAGUCAUGUAAAUCGUGCGGAUUCACGAUCGGAACGUUCAAUAGCGAACGAGGAUAUCUAUCGACGAAAUGAUCAAGAUAUCUAUACAACGGAGAACCUUUAUCAAGCUGAGAACGACGAAUGGGAUAGAAAGUCCUGCGAUUCGAACGCACACUCGGAUAUUUGUUGUUCUUGUUCGGAAUCCAGUUGCCUGUAUGGGAACACCCUCGAAUACAACGAUCAAUUCGCUCCGACAUCGGCCAAUUGCCUCCAUGGUAAAACAGGUUCCCGAAAUAGAAAUGGCAAAAGUCCACGUAGAAGAAAUACUAGAACUGCUUCACCGACCUAUAGUAGCGGUGACAGUAAUUAUUCUUGUAUCCCUCCAAGGCAAUCUGGAAACAUUAGCUCGCAAGAAAGGACGAGGCAUAACCGUGGCAAAGAUAAAGUGCCUAGCUUUUCGAGAAUCGGCGGCUAUCCUCAACACAAUUCCUCGGCCUCGAACACAGUCAGCAGCUCUGGAAGUCAAAGAUACAACAAGCUGAACAAUGUUUUCGUAGGUGGUGGGAAUUCGAGUGCUCCUAUAGAGUGCAGUCGGCCGGCCGACCUCCGCGAUGGCUAAUGUCACAAGGAUUCUCGGAGGAUCAAGACCGACCGAUAGAAUCGACCGUUGGUGAUACGAACCGCUGUUUCAACCUCAAACGAAUUACUUGGAUCGCAACGAAUCGUAGCCGUCUCGCGCGACGAUAUCGCCAACAUUCUCAACGUACCUUUUCCGGACUAAGCUCGUCCUCGAUAUCUCCAAACCUUAAUAGCUACUGGUAUUAACCGUGAUAUUCCUUUAUUCCUCUCUCUUUUCUUCCUUCCACCCUUUGGAAUCGACCGUUUUUCGUCGCGCGAAACUCUUUCAUUCAUAUUCAUUAAUAUUUUCCUAAUAGAUGGGUUUAACCUCGUCUCCAUUAGCCCUGUUUACGCAAGUAGUGCGAAGAAUGCGUUCGUCUCGUAAUUUCGAUACUUUUGAUAAUUACCUAACCGAGUUAUUACGUUUCUUCGUUUUUUGCUCAAUAUAUAUCAACCACUGCCAUUGAGUAAUGAAAAUGGAUGAUGGACGAUAUGGUUGACAGUAAAAAGUGAACAGUGAACAGUGAACAGUGAACAGUGAACAGUGAAGAGUAAACAGUAAACAGUGAACAGUGAACAGGAUGCGAGAUGAUGGAUAUGACGAAAAGGAAGUGUUAUAGAUCGAAUAGAUUUAAUUUCAUAAUUUUUGUUCGUGAGUAAUGAUAAUUUACGAUUUUAACGUCGACUUCGUCAUUGCAAACGAUAUUAACGCGCAUUAUAUCGUUACGCGUAUGCGCACAUGGCAGUUCUGUGCGCUAGAUCAACGUGGCACUUGUGUACUUUUCAGAAAUUUUAAAUUUUCGCUGCUCAGAGUUCCGCACGGUUCUAUUAUUUUCCGACGUAACGUUCCUAAAUGGUUAAAAAUGAUUCUUUAACUUUGUCGUAUGGAUACGAACGUGCUGCCACGUGAUACUUCUUAGACGAUAUACAUAUGUAUGCACAACUUUUAAGGGUACGUGCAGCAAAGAAUGAUGGACUAUCGUGCAACAAGUAUUACAUCAUAUCGAACAGUUUUUUUGUGUAUGUACGUAUGCGUGUGUGCGUGUGCGCGUAUGUAUGUGUGUGUAUGUGUGUGUGUGCGUGUGUGUGCGCGCGUGUGUGCGUGUGUGUGUGUGUGCAGAAGCUUCUUUCUUCUAUGAGCAGUUGAAACAAUGGAAAGUAGCUGUCGACCGGUGUCUUUCGUCGUAAAUCUCCAAUGCGAAUCGGAAACGAGCAGUUAUCGUCUGUAUUCUAUUCGUUGCAUCGAUCGAAAGGGGAAAGAAAAACAAUUGCUACGUAACAUUGACGAAUUGAUUCGUCGGUAAUCGCUUACGAAUACCAGUGAAGAUUACGGCAGACAAAGAAAAUACGAAUAAGUGACAAGCUACGAGGACGACGACCAACAGUGUUGAAACGGCCAGAAUAAUAUUCUAAAUUGGAUCUAAUCGGGCGUCGUUGAUCCGAGCACAUUUACAGACUGCAUCUCUUGGUUCCUCCUAAUCUCAGUGUAUGUUGCGUGAGAGUUCGUCGAGGCUCCGGAAUUGGAACGAAUCUUAAUGUAAAUCGAGAUAGUCUAGUAGAGGACUCUCAUUGUGUAAUAAUCGCUCAAAUUCGUUGUAAUUAGUUUGUUCUUUCGCGUGAGGAAACAAAGAGUAAAUAUUAUUAAUGAAUUGACUGAUUGUAGAUCGGCGAUCGUCGAACUAUAUUAUACCGUUCUAAUGAAUGGGUUUAUUAAUACGUUGAGCGCGGCACCGGUCCCUGAGGCCGACAGUAUUAAAGUUAAAAAUAAAUGUAGUCGUUUCAAUGAAAUUUAUUAAAACACUCUAAACAAAAAUGUGGCUUGGAUCUACACAUAUUACAAAACGUGACAACUUUUUUGGUCAAAUUUUUGGCUAUCUCACGUCCAAGUAGUUUUGAGUUGUUACCAUAACAUCCCGAACAAUAUCUUCGCACUUUAUGUACGUCUCCUUCCUUUUUGUGUAAUUCAUGAACAAUUCUUCCUUUAACUUGGAUAUUUGGCCUUUUGGAUCAAACCAUUCAUUUCGAUCACAGACUCAACAGUAGAUAAGCCCUACGUAAACCCAGUGAGUGAAGUCGCGUGCUUUAAAGUCGCGGUUCGCCCUAUAUCAUCGUAUCACUUGGGCGCUCGCUCGCUGCCGGCUAAACGGAAAAGAUAGCGAUUUCGGCGCCGCGCUCAACGUGUUAACAGACGUUAACAAGCGUCAAAGAGAAACAACAAACGCUGAACGCACUGCCGAAUAUCACAAUUCCGGAAGACUACGUAGAUCGGGUGUGGAGAUACGAUUCAAUGUGUAACAUAAGUAUAUAAAAUUAUAUAUAAGUAUAUAAGUAUAUAAAAUUAUCCGCGCGAGUAACGGUUCGAAAAUGAAAUUGGUAAAUCCGUAGAUCGCAUAUAGAAACAUACAAGUAUAAUCCAUCCAGAAAGGUGAGAAAUAAGAAUUAGAGAGAAAAAAGCUAUUAGUAACGAAUUAAAUUAAAAGAAGGGGAGUGUUCGUUUUCGUAGAGUGUUUAAAUAAAUGAUAAAUUUCGAACAAGAGUUAGAGAAAGAGAGAAACGUAGCUACGUAGAACUUAUAUUUUAAGUAUUCACCGUAACAAUAUUCAAACAUUAUCUCUGAUAGUCUGUUUAGACUGUACACUGAGUUUGCCAAACUUCGUCUUUACGGACUCUAUUGACUGGUGGUAAAUGAUCCUUUUCUAUAAGCACAUAUGUAUGUAGAUUCUUUUUGGGAGAAGAAACAAACAAACGAAGAAACACCUCCAAAUCUGUACAUAAAUUCGCACUCGAACUCUUCCACAAUAUGGGAGCAGUUCGAUCGAUAGUAGUUACUUAUUUAGAUAUCGAAAAUAUUUCGAGUUCAAGAUCGAGAACUCGUGAUACUUUUGUCACAGAUUAUGCGGCAGAGUAAACGAUUCUUGAACCAGUUAUACCGAACCAUCCUAUCAAUUUGCGAAGCGAAAAAAAGUAAUGACGUUAUUUUUAUAGUUUCUCAUAUUUGCACGAUUGUUAUGAUGGUUCAAACUGUUUGUAUGUAUCAUAUUACGCGUAACACCUUCAACGUUGAACGAAAAUAUAAGAUCGCGUACGGAUCGUGACGACACACACGCGCGCGCACGCAUGUACUACACGCACGCAAACACCAAAUCCUUUUUUCCUUAAACUCGCUUUUAUUCGUAUCCCCACUAUCGCCGGCUUACUGCGCAACCCCUCCCCCUUCUCAAUCCCGUGCAUCUUUAAUUCUUUCAUUCUCGUUUCUCGUGUCGUCUAUUGGCCCGUAAUUUGAGUUGUCCUGUCUAUCUUAAAUUACUCUUACGCUUAUGCGCUUGUUCUUGCGCUCGUCGCAUCUCCAUUAACUCUCCAUUUACUCUACCGACCACCUGCCGAGAAUUAAAACGGGGAACGGAAUAUAACGAGAAACACAUGUCGAUGUGUUCUUCCGUUUGUGAAAAGUGAAAAGUGAAGAGUGAAAAGUAAGCAAAUUGAAUGUAAUCCGAACUAAAUCGUCUUCGUUGAAAUCGAUUAAACCAACUUUGUCCCGAGCGAGGGAAUGUUUCGCGAAAGUUUCGUAAGUGAUUUAUUAUCAAUCACUGCCAAUAGCUGAAUAAUCUCUUGCGAAGAUUGGACGCUUUGUUGACCGACUGACAAAAAUUGUCGACACGGUAGAAUAACGAUAUAUAUAUUUUGUAGUCACAGCGCGCUAAUCGUCAUAUCAUUAACAUUCGGAUCGAAAGAUCUAAUAACGAUAAAAAACGUUUCGAACACUACGAUUCGAUAAGUUUCAAUUUUACUUGCAUCUUUUAGCCACUAGGUCUAAAUUAAAUCGCCAAGGCUGAUAAGUGAUUUAGCUUAAAUAUUCUUUACGUUUUGUAAAUAAAGCGCAUAUAAGAAACAGAAAUUGUUCGUUCGUUCGUAAGCGUUUUCGUAGGCAAUAACUUAUUUAUUAUAAAACAAAUGCAAGUGAUUGUCCACUUUGAACAUGUUAUUGAAAAGAAAAAAUAUGACACUAAUAAAAUUGAUCGAUACAGACUAGUGUCAUACGCGUACAGGCAAACACAAGACGCGCACAAAUGUAGAUAAUUAAAAAGUAAUAAUUAUUAUUGUCAAGUACUACAUAUGCAUAUAAAGCGAUAUACAAAAGCGUUACGCAAUAUACGAGUAACGAUUAUUAAUAAAAACAAAGAAAAAGUGAUGUUGAA